CUGGCAGUGGUAGAACAGGUUAGCAGUCCGCUUUACGCUUUAGAUGUGCUUGAGUCAGACCCAGUGCUCAGCGUAAUUUUUUCUUAUUAUUUAAAGAAUUUACUCCAACAUACUUUGGUCAAAUCAAGAACGCCGGUGUCGGCGGAUGAGUCUGACAUGGGUAUUGUAACAGUACUGAACAUGGAGAAAUGUCAUAUAAAUGUAAUAUUUAUUGAACUGUCGUUCCGUGUUUUUGAGUCCUUGUUGUUGUUUCAGGUGGAUACGCGUUCAAUAGAGGCCAAUCGCGAUGCAGUAGUUGCUCAUUUUCCGGCUCAUCUUGAAGACCGAAUUGGCUGCCUCAAAUUCAGUCCCAACGGCAUGUUGUUACUCACUGGUGAUAUCGGUGGAAGGGUGUUCAACGUGUUUAAAAUUUUUCCUCAUCCUAAUUCUUCGGCGAUGACUGCUGUUCACCACUUGUACAUAUUGUAUAGAGGCUCUACAGCUGCACAAGUAUCAUUGGUAGCGUGUUGCAAUGCGUCCAUGACAUUUCUUUUUGCAUUGACAUGCGUUGGAUUGCGGUCUCUACGUCGAACGGGACAACGCACGUUUUUCCUGUUUCACCUUAUGGCGGUACGCUUUCGAAUUAAUUGUAAAAAUGUGGAGUUAUUAGGGAAAGUCACACAACAUCUGUAG